AUGUCUACAGACGCUGAACGACGACACUCGAGCUCCUCCACCCUCCACGAGGGUCCAGGGAGCGCGCAGAAAGCGCAUGGACCGCGACAGGUUCAGCUGUGGGAUGCGUCGCUGAAGGGCGCGCGAUGGACCUUUGUCAAGUCGGCCGCACUGGGAAUCGCGUUGACGACGUUCUUCAUGUGGGCGUGCUUGCCCAUCUACUGGGGGUCCUACUUCCGACAACCAGAGAACCUCUACCGCCUGACGGUCGGCUUGAUCGACCUCGACUCGCCUGGCGCUCAGGCGGCCGGGCGGACACCUGUCGCAGGUCCCGCCCUCCUUGCGGCUCCCGCUCAACUCGCCGGCACGAAUCACCUCGGCUUCCGCACGCUCGACAACACCCGCUUUGACGUCAGUAGUGCAACCGGCGGCGCGCCUCGCGGAGUCGACGUGCACGUGUGGGCAGCUGACGCGGUGCAGAACGAGGAUUACUUCGGGGUGAUCAUCGCCAAUGCCAACGCGACUGUCGCCGCCAUCUCCGCCUACGAGGCGCUAUCGAGCGGUGCGCAAGCUACGUAUGAGGGAAUGGGGGCGUACACGAUGUACUACAGCGAGGGACGGAACUUCGAAACCGUCGAUCAAUGGGUCGCGCCGGGCAUGAAUCGCUUCCUCAACCAAUACGUCCUCGGUUCUGCCGCAUCUUCCCUCUUCGCCCAGCUUGCGCCUCGACUCGCCUCCCUUUCAGCCACGCAGUAUGGCGCCGUCAACCAGACUGCGCUCUCCGCCGUAAUCGCCCAGCCCUUCGGUUUCUCGACUUACAACCUGAGGCCAGUCGACGAGUUCGCAGGAAUCCCCGCGACGACCGUCGGCAUGCUCUACCUCCUGAUCUUCACCUACUUCGUGUCGCUCUUCGCCUUCAACGCUCGUUCUCCCCUCGAAUCGAAGCUCCCUCUCGGCCAACUCAUCGCCUUCCGACUUAUCGUGCCGGUGAUCCAGUAUAUCCCCAUCUCGCUCUUCAUCUCCCUCGUCACCAUGGCGUUCAAGGUCUCGUUCCACCGCUUCUACGGUGCCGGUGGAUUCCCGUUGUUCUGGCUGUCGAACUUCCUUUGCAUGACCGGUGCGGGCAUGCCCAUGGAGGUCGCCCUCACCUUCCUCGGCCCUCGAUAUACCGCCUUCUUCCUCAUCUUCUGGGUCAUCAUCAACGUCUCUGUCGCCUUCCUCGACUUGGCCGAUAUGGACCACUUCUACUCUUACGGCUUCGUCUUGCCGAUCUACCAGGCGGUUCAGAAUGGCAAGACCAUCAUUUUCGGGACAAAGGCCCGCUUCGGCCAGUACUUUGGCAUCGAGGUUGCUUGGGCGCUCGGCGGAAUGGCGGCGCUCAUGCUUGUCAUCAUCUUUAAGCGGAGACAGGCGGUCAAGCAGGCGGAGAAGAGGCGGGCGGAGGAGGAGAAGAGUGGGAAGGAGCAGUAG